GUUUCUCAGAGCCUCCAGUAAGUUUUCCUUGCACAUACACACACACACACACACACACACACGGACAGACAAACAGAGGCAUGAUAUGAUACUCAGAUGAGCAGAUUUCUCUUCGAGGGGUCGAGGAGCAACUGUCAGGACAUGGACUUUAGCCAAAAGAAGCAUUGAAAUCGCUUAACUUCUUGGACUGGACAUUCAAUCAUUCCAGCUGUCCUUGGAAAACUGAAAGGAGGGAAGUCGAACUGUGUGACGCAAGGGUACAUCUAGUUUCAUAAUGGCAAUCCCAAAUGACCUCUCCCUUUUCAACUCCACCUCACCCCCCUAUUCAACAGCAGAGAGCUCUCUGAACACCUCUCUGGCCCCCUCUGUUCUGCUCUGCUCAGACUGGCCUCCUGUACCAAUUACUACAGUGAUCCCAGCCAUUUACAGCGUUAUCUGCGUGCUGGGAAUCAUAGCCAACGCCCUGGCAGUGUGCGUGUUGGCCCAUGCCAGUACUUCAAGAAGAACUGUAGCAAACACUUUCAUGCUUAACCUGUGUGUGUCUGACCUGCUGUUCCUGCUGUCUCUCCCACUGUGGGCCGUGUAUUACUCCCAGGGCUACAGCUGGCCUUUUGGCUGGCUUGCCUGCAAAGUUUGCGGAGCUCUUCACAACCUCAACCUCUAUGCGUCUAUCUUCUUCAUCACAAGCAUGAGUGUGGACCGCUACCUGGCCAUCGUGCAUCCUCUCCGCUCCCAGAGCGCUCGAAAUUCCAAGCGUGCCCGGCUCACAUGCAUUCUGGUGUGGCUCCUAGCAUGUGCCUGCUCUGCCCCCAACUUAUAUCUGAGGGACACUUACUACCUUGAGGAGCUUGGUGUGGAGGCCUGUGUAAUUAUCUAUCAUAAUCAUAUCUGGCAUAUGACCCUGGUCUGGAUGAAGAUUAUUUUUGCCUUCCUGCUGCCUCUGUUUAUCAUCUCUUGUUGCUACUGUGCUAUUGGUAGACAUUUGACGGCUGAUUCAGGUCUGGCAAGAAUGCAGCAUCCAUCGCACUCUGCCAACAUGGCCUCUUUUAAAUCCCAGGAGAGCUGCAGUAAACCAGAGAGACCCCCAACCCCAUGUGUGAGCCCCAGCUCCACUGCCAGCAGAUCCUUGGAGGGCAGGGGGCUGGAGCGGGUGUUGUGGACAGUAGCCGCUGUGGUCCUAGCCUUCUUCCUCUGCUGGUUCCCCUUUCACUGUGUGACCUUUUUGGACAUGCUGCAGAGCAAGGGCUGGUUGGACAGUUGCUGGGUAACCUGGACCAUCCACAACCUCACCCCUCUCACCCUCAGCUUGGGCUUCUCCAGCUCCGCCAUCAACCCUGUGCUCUACUGCUUCAUUGGAAACCAUUUCCGGGGCCGUCUUGGGGGCCUCUGUAAGGGCUUGUGUGCUUGUUUGAAGGCCCGUGGGGAAGAUCACAGUCAGAAGAGGGGCUCCUUCAGCACUAGGCUGAGCUCCUUCUCUCGAAAACUCAGUGACCUUAAAGAUCUGGCAAUUGUGGAGCCCUCUGGUCCUGCUUAGCCAGCCUCUAGAAAGCAGACUUUUCUUCCCCUCCACUGGCAUCACACCCCGAAGAGUGAUACCACCUUCAAGUCAUUGCUGAACUCCAGUUAGUAUGGAAGUGUGAGACAAAGCUGUUACUGACUAAGUGAAAUUCCAACAGAGCUCAAUGCUGCCCUACAAAGACAAAAGAAAGAGUAGCUAAAGAAAAGAUGAAGCUGAGAAAAAAGGGUUUAAGGGUUUGGGGCUGGUUAGCCAAACUCUGCAAUAAACAGAUAAAUUAUAGAUGUAUUGCCUUUAAUGCUACAGCAGGCACUUGUUUUCAGUGAAAAAGCUUUAAAGACCCACUGUACACUACCUGCUUAGCAACAACCACAGUUAGUGACUAGUUGGUGAACAUAAAAACAUCCAGCUGCUAACAAGCCAGAUAUUUCCCUUAAGAGUUUGUGCAGACCAAAAACAGAGCUGAAUGAGAGUGAAUAAUGGACUUCCAUUCACCAGGUGGACAAAAACACGGCUUAAAAUGAAUGCCAAUGUUCCUCCACAAAACCUGUUCAUGUAAAUAUGCAACCAUUUUACUGCAGUACCAUUGUAAAGAAUAAUAUGUUUUGUGUUCAUGACCUGCUUCAGUUGCCCCCAAGAGGCCAAGCACUCAAUCAAGAAUCAGCUUUUGCAGGUUUAGGGUUAAAACUGUACUGAGCUGAGAUGUCAUUUAAAGCCACUGCGCUUAGUUAGGUUAGACUAGUAAUAGCAGGGCCUGUUCCAUUUUUUUUUUUCUCUUUGUCAGCAUUGCAUUUAGCUAUUAAUAAAUGUUGUAGGAUCCAAUUUUCAACCAGGAACCAGGCAAGAGUAAGAGUAAAUUUUGGUUUAAAUUUAAAUUUUACGAUUUAGUGGCAUCUACGUGAUUGCAGAUUGUAACCAAAUUAAUACCUCUUGACUCACCUUCCCAAAAAAAUGUGAUAGAACCUCUCUAGAGCUAGUGUUUAGUUUCUCCGUGCUGGCCUCCUGUAGAAAUAUGGUGGUGCAACGUGACAGACCUGCUCCCUCUGCAUAUAUGAAAAGCUCAUUCUAAGGUAAAGAAAACUCGAUUCUUUGUUUCAUGUGAUUAUACAUUAAUGAAAACAUAAUGAUGAUCAUGAUUAUGAAAUCCUGCACACUGGACAUUUAAUUUAAUAGAGUGAUUUUUAGCUGCGUUUCAUGGUUUUACAAACUGUAAUGUUUUCUCAGAAUUUACACACUUGUAUUUUACAAUAAUAUUUUAUAUUGUAAAACAAAUAUCAAAAGUUGGCUGCUCUUAGCUCCACUUUGACCGAAUGCAUAGAUACAGCAUUUUGACCUUACAGGGCAAAACAGACUAAAAUGUUCAUGGAAUACAGAUAGGAGGAUACUUAUUAACCAGUCAUAACAAUGCUACAUUUACUGUUCUCUUUGGGACCAAGAUAUUGUAUGUAUAAUCAUGUAACUUCUGACAUUUGUUAUAUUAUUCUGAAAAUUAAAGUUACUGCAUUUCUUUGACUUAAAAAGAAAUAAAGUGUACAAUAUUUCCCUAAAAA